UCAAGACAGAAAGUUGUCGGAGCCAGCCUCAGAUGUGUACAUGGACUUUGACGAGGUCCCCACCCUCCAACAGCCGAACCUGCAGGAACCCUCUGGGUAUGACUAUGAGACUCCCAUGUUCCCUGGGGGAGAGAUGCCAGCCUUCCUCACACCCAUCAAUCAAAGGGUUGAGCCAGCUCACACUGAAAGUUCAGGUGCAGACCUGAGUGUGGACUAUGUCAGUAGAAGCAAAAACAGACAGAGCAGAUUUUUCCAUGAACCCCUGUAUCAGGUCUACAGAGCACAGAACUCAGCCAGAAGUAUCAGGAGUAACCGUUCAGAUGCUAUCACAGAGGAGGACAUAGAGGAGGAGGAUGGUGACGAUUAUGAGGAUGUCGUAUCCAUGUCUGCUAGUGAAGCUUCUCUCAAGAGAACCAUGUGGAAAGACCUACCUGAGGUGCGGACGAGUGGAUUCCUGAAUUCGCUGAGCUCUGCUGAGUUGAAGCUCCAGGAAGCCCUGUUUGAGGUCGUGACCUCCGAGGCGUCGUACCUCCGUAGUCUGAACAUACUGGUGGACCAUUUCAUGCCUGGGCUCAUCCGACCACUCAGUAGGACAGAGAGAACACAUCUUUUCUCUAACUGUAAGGAAGUCAGGGACCAGAGUGAGAGACUGUUACUUGCAAUGGAAGGGCAGCUCCAGAAAGACAUCCGCCUGUCCAAGGUGCCUGACCUGGUGCUGAACCAUGCCAGGAGCUAUUUUGAGGAGUACAUCAAGUACUGUAGGAACCUGGUGUACCAAGAGAGAGUUCUACGCAGGCUCACGACCGAGAACACGGGGUUCCACAGCAUGCUGCAGAAGCUGGAGGUAGACCGGAUGUGUGCAGGGCUGGACCUGCAGUCCUUCCUCAUACUCCCCAUGCAGAGGAUCGCUCGGAUGCCCCUCCUCUUCGAUGCAAUCAUCCAGAGAGCUGAAGUUGGGACAUCCCUUUAUAACUCUGCAUACAGAGCAUACAAGUUUCUGAGCAAGACACUUAAAGCCUGUAAUGAAGAAGCCAGGAUAAUGGCUAAGACAGAGGAGAUGGUUCUGCUGCAGAAACAGUUGACUUUCAAGCCAGGAGUAAAGGAAAUCGCAGUGGUUUCUGGUAAGAGGUACCUGGUGAAGAAAGGAGAGCUGACUCAGAUCACUCAGGAGAAGAAAAAGUACCUGAGACAACCGCUACACAUGUUCCUCUUCACCGAUCUUCUACUCGUCACAAAGAAGAAAAGUGAUUUGCAGUAUACCAUCAUCGAUUAUGCCGAAAGAAGUUUUGUGGAAGCCAAAGAAAAGGAGGAUCCAGACUUUGCCCUGUCAGCCACCAAACUCACGGCCACUCAGAAGCUCCGCCGGUUCACAGGCACACUGACCAUCCCUCCUAUAGAGUCUCUCUUCACCAUGGAGCUGUUUGAAAACCACGAGGGGAAGCAUGUCAUGAUAGACCUUGCCUCAACUUUGAGUGAGAGGACUCGGUGGGUGGAAGCCAUUAUGCCACCAAAGUCGGACGUGUCGGGAGAAACUAUUUAUGAGGAAUGGGACUGUCCACAAGUCCAGGUGAUCCACCCGUACCAGGCCCAGCAGCCAGACGAGCUGGAACUGGAGCGCUCCGACAUUAUCAAUGUCAGCAGGAAGAUGGCAGAUGGUUGGUAUGAAGGAGAGAGGAUCAGAGAUGGUGAGAAGGGCUGGUUCCCUUCCAGCUACACUGAAGAGAUUGAGAAUUCUCACGCUCGCGCCCGCAAUCUCAAGUACAGGCACAGGAGACAACUAUCCCUCGGAGAGGCCUAGGCAGAAAGUUACGGAUCACAGCUACACUGAAGAGAUUGAAAAUUCUCACGCUCGCGCCCGCAAUCUCAAGUACAGGCACAGGAGACAACUAUCCCUCGGAGAGGCCUAGGCAGAAAGUUACGGAUCACAGCUACAUUGAAGAGAUUGAGAAUUCUCACGCUCGCGCCUGCAAUCUCAAGUACAGGCACAGGAGACAACUAUCCCUCAGAGAGACAUAGGCAGAAAUUUACUGAUCACAGCUACACCGAAGAGAUCGAGAAUUCUCACGCUCGCGCCCGCAAUCUCAAGUACAGGCACAGGAGACAACUAUCCCUCGGAGAGACAUAGGCAGAAAUUUACUGAUCACAGCUACACCGAAGAGAUCGAGAAUUCUCACGCUCGCGCCUGCAACCUCAAGUACAGGCACAGGAGACAACUAUCCCUCGGAGAGACAUAGGCAGAAAUUUACUGAUCACAGCUACACCGAAGAGAUCGAGAAUUCUCACGCUCGCACCCGCAACCUCAAGUACUGGCACAGAAGACAACUAUCCCUCGGAGAGACAUAGGCAGAAAACAUGUUUUUAACAAUGGGGAAUCCUGUUGUCCUAAAGUUUUGUAAUCAAGAACAGACUUUGGUCGUGACACUAUUUCUCGACAGAUAACAGAAGACAAGAUACAAGUUUGUCACUCUACAAGGUACUGUCGGGUUGUGCGGUUAUUUUGCUUCCUAAACGCUUUUUGCUGGUUGGCAAAAGUUACUGAUCAAGGAACAUCCAUGUACCUUCUCAAGUUGUACAGUUUUUUUUGAGGGGGGUGCGGCUAAAAGAUAAAGAAAUCAUGCAAGAUAAAUUUAGUGGUGUAUUACAAAUUAUCAAAUUGGUGAGGUGUAUAGAGGGUGUUG